AAAAGGAUGCAGGAAGACGCAGUAAUUCCCAAAAAAAGUUCCCAGUUUAGCCCCAGACUUCCCAUGGGGCUCUCACACGGGCCUUACUACUGUGCGUCGUAUCUAGUGGAAAGUUUAGUUUAGUUUACUUUUAGUUUAGUUUCGGCAUGUCCCAGGCAAAGUCAAGGUCAAGUCAGUCACUCAGUCAAGUCAGUCAGUCGUCACUCACUACUCAUUUCGGCUUGGAAAGAGAAGAGACGGAGGGGGCAUGAGAGGGCCCGGCCAUUUUCUGGUUCCUUCUUUAAGUUCCAUCCAUGAUCUUUGCUGCCUUUCCCUGGACUGGAGCUCCGAUUUCAGUUUCCCAUCCAAUCACUUGCCGCCCUGCCGCAUCUCCCUCGUUUUCCUCUUGACCCUCUGUUCCAUACUUUUCCCCUCCCGGUGGACUGCAAGUCCAUCAAAUUCUUUUGCCAAUGGGUCUGAUCAUCCCCACCAUCGACAUUAUUAUCCAUUCCCCCAUCGUCACCCGCCGUUAGCCACUAACCAGCCCCAAUCCCAUGGGCCCAGGGCAGUCCAGAAGUCUUUUGCCAGCACAGUGUCAGAGCCAGGAAUUGAUUGCCCGCUUCGCAGGUCCCAGAGAGAGUCCUUUCGGAGUGGAGACAGCAUUCGUGUGGCAUGGGCUCAUCUGAAUCAUCUUCAUCAUCAUCAACCAACCUUCCUUGGGUCGGUCCCCUUCCUUCCUUUCCAAUUCCUCCCCUUCCUGGUACCUAGACUAGACUCAGUCCUCCUAGUCUGAGCCCCCCCUUCUGCUCCUCCUGUCCCAUCGUCCCAUGUCUUGCCCUGUUCGGUUCCCACCAACUAGUCUGCUUUCGUUAGUGUCAACGUCGUGUCAUCCCAACAUGUGCCCGCUCCCACUAACCCAUUAGUCUUCUUACUUACAGUAAUGGAUCGUGGAACUGGGGCGGAUGGUAGAUCAAGAAAUGCCCAUGUACAUGCGUCCCACAUCUCCGUGUAUCACCCUCCUGUAGGGCCUUCCUUUUUCUUAUUUUAUUUUUUCCUUCUCCAUCUACUAUUAAUUUAUUAAUAUUAUUUUUUG